AAGAGCCCCCGCUUUCCCAGGACGCAGCAGAGCCCUCGAAGCAGGGGGCCCCCAGCCCCCAGGGGCCUCCCGAUACCCAGGGGGCCCCCAAACAAGAGGGGGCCCCUAUCCCCGAGGGGGCCCCCAACCCCCAGGGGGCCCGCAACCCCGAGGGGGCCCCCAAGCCUCAGGGGCCCCCCAACCCUGAGGGGGCCCCCAACCCAGAGGGGGGCCCCAACCCUGAGGGGGCCCCCUGCGAGGAGGCUGCUGCAGCAGAGGUGGCGGAGUGGUAUGUUAUACUUCCUCAAGAUGCGAUGAAGGUGCUGCAGCAGGAGCAGCAGCGGCAGCUGCAACUGCAGCAGCAGCAGCAGCAGCAAGAACAGCAGCAAGAGCAGCAAGACGGGAAGCCGACGGACCAGCAACCGGAGCAGCCGCAGCAGCAGGAAGAGCAGCAGCAGCAGCAAGAAGACAGCUGCAGCAGCACCGACCGCAAACGGGCAGCCUCUGAGGGAGAGGCAACAAGUUCGCCGCAGCCCAGCAGCAACGGGAGCAGCAGCAGCAGCAGCACGCCACCCGCAGCAGCAGCAUCCGCGACGGGAGCAACGGCGGCAGCAGCAGCAGCGAGGGCCUCCCCGGCGAUUGUUGCUGCUGCGCUGCGGGGCUGGCAGCAGCAGCAGCAGCAGCAGGAGGAGGAGGCUGCAGCGCUCGCGGCCAAGGCGGAGCUCGCUGCGGAGGCAGAAGCUGCUGCUGCCUUUGCUGCUGCUGCUGCUGCUGCAGUGCCCGGCAAGAAGCGGCGCGCGGCCACCGAGAAGGCAGCAGCACUUGCUGUUGCGGGAGCAGCAGCAGCAGCAGCAGCAGCAAGAGUCCCUUUUUCGCAAGUUGAUGCAGCACUUAAAUAUUGUGGACCUGAUGGCCAGUGGAUGGUCUUCGACACUGUCGACAAAGUCUGGAGAAGCAAACGCGACUACGAGUUUGUGCUGGCGACAGCAGGAGAAGGCAGCAGCAGCGGACAACCUUCAGAAGACGCGCUGCUGCUUGCUGCUGUUGCUGCUGCAGUGAAGGCCCCCAAGUCCGGCGCAGCAGCAGGCCCCGAGGCCGCUGGUGGCCCUGCAGCAGCAGCAGCAGCAGCAGCAGGGGGCCCGUCGGGGGCCCCAAACGGGUCCCCGGGGUCCCCGGGAACCCCCGGAGACCCCCCUGCUGCUGCAGCAGCAGCAGCAGCAGCAGAAGGCCUCAGCGCGGAGGAAAAGGAGCUGCAGCAGCGGAAGCUGGAAAAUGCGGAGAAGAGAAGAGCUUACAGAGAAAGGAAAAAAAGGAAAAGAGAAAAUGGAGAAUUUGUUGCUCCCAAGAAAAACCCAAACAUUUAUGUUUCGGGCCUCCCGCUGCACUUCUCGCAGCAGCAAAUUGCGGAACUCUUCAAAAAAGCGGACCAGCAGCAGCAGCAGAUCUCCUCAGAAUUAGAGACUCCGCCCAGCUCCUGCCUGUCCUGGGCCCUUGUGGAGCCCCUUGGGGACCCCUGGGGCCCCCUGAGACCCACUGGGGGCCCCCUGGGGCCCUCUCUGGUGCAGCCGAAGAUCCGGCUUUACUGCAGCAGCAGCGGCGCCUUCAAAGGCGACUGCCUCAUCAGCUUCGCCCACGAGGCCAGCGUGGAGGUGGCCAUUCGCUACUUCGACCAGCACCGCCUCAGCGACACGCACACCAUUCGGGUGUCUCGCGCGGACUUCUCGAAGAAGCAGCAGCAAAAGGGCGAAAGUCCUGCGCAGUCUUUUGGGGCUUCGGCGGUGCAGCAGGCGGCCUUGAGGAAGCGCCGCAAACAAAUCCUUGCUGCUCGUCAGGAGCAGGCCAGGCUGCUGAGCUGGGACUCAGAGGAGGCAGUGGGGAGGGCCCGACGCAACAUUGUCGUCCUCAGGCCGAUGUACUCUCUUCAGGAGGCCCAAGUGAGGCUGCUGCUUCCCGCAU